AUGUCAAACUUGAGGAGGGUGUUGGAGAUGCAAGAGAGAGAAGAGGAAGAAAUCCGGAGGAGACGUGCUGAGGAAGAUCGGGAGGCCGAUGAAGAAGAGGAGGAAAUGCUUGUAGGCUUUGCUAUGCUUAAUGAAUCAAGGCAACACCACCGUCGUCGUGCCCAGAAUGUGGAUAGACGUAGGCAGUCUCGUGGUAAGAAUCUCAUGGAAGAUUACUUUAUCCCAAAUUCCUUAUAUCCUAAGUAUGAUGCUUGUGGAGUUUUGGGUCUUCUCCCAGAGCAAAAACUUACAGCUGCUUUGCGAAUGCUUGCUUAUGGGGCAUCUGCAGAACAGGUGGAUGAGAUUGCAAGGAUGGGAAAAUCAACUAUCCUAGAAUGCUUGAUGAGAUUUUGUGAUGCCGUAGAAAAUCUCUACACGAGGGAGUACCUUCGCAGACCUUCUCCUGCGGACCUACAAAGGCUUCUAAAAAAAGCUGAUACUCGAGGUUUCCCAGGAAUGAUUGGAAGUAUCGAUUGCAUGCACUGGCAAUGGAAGAAUUGCCCAACUGCCUGGCAAAGAGACUAUGGGAAUCGAAAGGGCCAAAAAAGUAUAAUUCUGGAGGCCGUAGCUUCAUUCGACACUUGGGUUUGGCAUGCAUUCUUCGGAGUUGCCGGAUCUCAGAAUGACCUCAAUAUGCUUGGUCAAUUCCCAGUAUUCAACGAUGUAUUGCGAGGUCAUUCCCCCCAGAUCACGUACGAAAUCAACAACACUGUAUACUCUGGUGCGUACUACCUUGCCGACGGAAUUUAUCCUAGGUGGACGACAUUCGUGAAAACAAUUCCGAAUCCUCAAUCCCAGAAGGAAAAAAGCUUUGCUGCCUUUCAAGAAGGUUAUAGGAAAGACGUGGAAAGGUGUUUCGGUAUCUUGCAAGCUCGUUGGGCUAUUAUUAGGGGCGCUGCUCGGAUGUUAGAUGAGGAGGAUGAGUAUGAUUAUGAAGCUACAGAGGAGUUUGAACCGGAUCCCAUGAACACGUCAUUGACAAGAAUUUAUGAAAGGCCGAUGGGACCAAAUGGACAUCCAUUGGAGCAUGAACCAUUAGUUCGAGAUGGUCGAUUCAACAACCCCAUGAUUGAUCGUUACCAGGAAAUGCAAUCUUCGUAUGUUCAUGAGAGGCGUCAAAUUGACUUGAUCGAGCACUUGUGGGAGAUGAAAGGCAAUCACAAUGGAUGA